UGGCAUGCAAGAUAUUUGAAGCACUCGAUAUAUUUGAUAUAUCUAACUUGACCCGUCUCAACUUUGGUAGGUUGAUAGAAGGAAAAGGAUGGAGGGGACCAUCCAUCCACAAUCUCCUGCUAUAUAUUUGGCUUGAUAUUUUGAUAGACGACUAUGGCUUGUGUAUAUCUGGAUCAAGGCUUCAAGCUCAUACAAGAACUCCAGACAUUAAAAAAACCCAGCUCAUUCUUAACUAG